AUGACCUGUUUCACGAUGAGCUUAGCCAACAAUAUGGAUCGUAAUGUAGUUUCAGGCGUCUUACCAAACCUUAAACGUGCUUUCCAAGUGGACGAUCAACUAUCAGGUUUAAUACAAACAUUGUCAAUAUGUGGCUUUCUACUUUUUGCUCCUAUAUUUGGAUAUCUUGGAGAUCGGUAUAACAGAAAUCAUGUCAUGGCUUUUGGUAUGCUGAUUUGGUCAAGUGUUAUCAUGGUAUCUUCCUUCAUACCGGAAGGAAGCCAACAUUUUUGGUUAUUACUUCUACUACGAGCAACAGUCGGAAUAGGAGAAGCUAGCUUUGCAUCAAAUGCUCCUAGCAUUUUUGCAGACCUUUUUACGAAAGAUAAUCGAUCACGAAUACUAGCUUUGUUUAAUCUUGGCAUCUCGAUAGGAAGUGGUUUAGGUUAUUGGACAGGAACUACGGUGAAUCUAGCCACUCAUUCUUGGAGAGCAGCAUUUCGAAUUGCUCCUUGUAUAGGAGGUGCAGCCGCAAUUGUUUGUGCACUAUUUAACGCUAAUCCUCCUCAUGGUGAAGCUGAUAUCAGAGGGCAAAUUUCAAAAAGCGGUCAUGGAAUAAAACCAACAUCACUUAAAGAAGAUAUCAUCGAUAUUAUUAUGACAAAGACUUUUAUAUGGACAACUAUAGGAUUUACAUGCCAACUAUUUGCUACUGGAGUAAUGGCAUUUUGGGGACCUUCUAUUAUAUUUUAUGUAGUUAUUAGCUCGAAAGGAACAGCAAACUUAUCAACGAUCGGUUCAAUUUUUGGUCUCGUUCUUUGCAUAUCCGGUAUUGUGGGAACGAUGCUUGGCGCUGAGAUAACUAGAUGGGCAAAAAAACAUGGAUAUCAAUGUGCUGAUGUUAUCCUAUGCGCAAUAGCAUCUGGUGCCUCAGGAAUUUGCAUCUAUGCAGUUUCAAUACUGAUUUCAUAUAAUAUGGCAUUAACUUGGGCUAUUAUUUUUGUAACGUUUAUGUUUUUAUGUAUGGUAUGGACACCAAUUCUAGAUAUAGUAUUAUAUACUAUUAUCCCAGCUCGACGAUCUACUGCUCAAGCCUUCCAAAUAACAAUCUCACAUUUAUUCGGAGAUGCAUUUAGCCCAUACGUUAUUGGUGCUAUAGCAGAUAGUAUAACGACAAGCAAGGAUCCUGUUUCUCAAUCAUAUGCAUUAAGAUAUGCAAUGAUGGCUAGCCCAUUUUUAUGUAUCAUUGGCUGUGGCUGUUUCUUAAUUGCAUCCUUUACUCUGGUUCAUGACCAACAAGUUAUGAUAUCUAGAAUUAUCCAUAUCUCAAAAGCUUACAGCGAUCCUGAGCGCAUAAAUAAAUUGAGUGAUACAGAAGUGGAGAAACUUCCAAUUAUUGGCUACGAACCAGCAAAAUAA